AUGUCUAAUGCAUUGCAAGUAAGUAAACAUGGCCGAAGCCUGCAAAGCGAAAAGGAGAACCCGAAGGCCCCAGACCGCGUCGAUACUUCAAGCACUCCCUCUUUACAGGCCCAAGAUACCGAGGCACUUCCCCAGCCGAAACUUCCUGGCAAUGAAACCCCGGAUGGUGGCGUUGCUGCCUGGGUCGUCGCCCUGGGUGCCUGGUGCACGUCGUUUUGCAGUUUCGGCUGGCUCAACAGUAUCGGGGUUUUCCAAGAGCAUUACCAAAACGAACUGCUUAAGGAGUACUCACCAAGCACUAUUUCAUGGAUUCCAUCACUGCAACUAUUUUUCAUGAUGGCCAUGGGGCCUGUGGUCGGCAAGGUGUAUGACCAUCAUGGCCCACGAGGGCUGCUCCUGAUUGGAAGCUUGUUGCAUGUCUUUGGCCUCAUGAUGACCAGCCUCGGCACAGAAUACUACCAGAUACUUCUUGCGCAGGGACUGUGCUCAGCUCUUGGUGUUUCGGCAAUAUUCCAACCAUCUGUCGCUAGUGUCGCGCAAUGGUUCAACCGAAAGCGUGGUACAGCCUAUGGAAUCAUAUACACAGGUUCUAGUCUCGGUGGCGUCGUCUUUCCGAUAAUGGUUUCGCAUCUCAUACAAGCGGUCAGCUUUGCUUGGGCUAUGCGCGUCUGUGGAUUCUUGGUACUCUUUCUCCUUAUCAUUGCCAACCUAACCGUACGCAACCGCUGCCCGCCGAAACCGCAGAAGGUUACGAUCGCCCAACUCAUCAAGCCCCUCACUGAGGUCAAAUUCGUUCUUGUCACACUUGGAUUCUUCCUUUUCAACUUUGGCCUCUAUGUUCCCAUCAACUAUGUCACCGUCAACGCUGUCAGCGUCGGGCUGGAUCUGAAUCUCGCACAAUACCUCAUUCCCAUUCUAAACGCGGCGUCUCUCUUCGGCCGCCUUGGCGCUGGCGUGUUGGGAGACAGAAUAGGGCAGUACAACGUGUUCAUUGUUGUCUGCUAUUUAUCCGGCAUUUGGAUCCUCGCCCUCUGGCUCCCAGACUCAAGCCAGGCUGCACUGAUCGCCUUUUCCGUUCUGUUCGGGUUCUUUUCCGGUGCCUACAUCUCAUUAACCAUGCCACUUAUCGUCCAAAUCUCGCUGAUGUGCGAGCUGGGAUUCCGCACGGGGAUUGCCUACUUUAUUUCUGGCAUUGCUGGGCUGACGACUAACCCUAUCAAUGGAGCUAUAUUGGACGGUGCAGGAGGAUGGACUGGUCUGAAGGUCUUUGCCGGAGUGUUUUGUCUUGUGGAUCCCCUCAUUCCAGAUCCAUUUCAUCACAAACGACUCGAGAUUGAAUACAUGGCGUUUCCACCACCUAUUCCUCCUCGGCCGCCCGGUUACGAAACGGGGCCAUCUCAACCAGGCCCUACGUAUCCUCCUCGUCCACCUCCUCAUCCAUCGCUGCAUUAUUUUCCACCUCCACCCCAGCAGCAAUACCCUCCACCUCUUAUCACACCACAACAGCAAUAUUAUCCACCUCCUGGUCCACCCCAGCAGUAUCAAUCCGGAUAUGUUCAAUCACCGCUUCCACCCCUCCAGCAACAGUAUGCUGGACCGCCUGGGUUUCCUCCGCCGUCUCAGCAACCAGCGCCUCCACCAGCGCCUUCUGGGUGGAACGAGCAUCUCUUCUACACAAACGGGCGCCCAACACCAGCCUUUGAAGCCAUAACGAGAGAAUUUUUCACGAGACUUGAUCCUCAGAGAACAGGAUAUAUUACUCCUGAAGUGCUCUCGAGUUUUCUCGACGCAUCUGGCUUCAAGGCAGAAGACAACGUUUGUACGAAGAAUAGCCGCAAGGCCAGUUUCAUGUACACGGCCGAGUACAUGGCCGACGGUCAGCUUAAAGCCAUCCUUGAGGGCUUCAACUUCGACCAUAAGGCAGUAGUGCGCAACCCUGCCAGCAAGCAGUUACCUUACGGCGGUAUGCAGCUGCUGAGCCUCGCCGGCUUCACAGACUUCCUAGCCCUUGAAUACGCUGCAGACCCGGACGAGUACCAUCCCGGACUGAACAAUGCGUGUCUAUGGUGUUUGGCCGGAGAAGGGUCCGGUUCCGCGAUACAUGAUGCCUGCCACUAA